AUGUUAUCUUAUCAAUCACGUGCAGCCCUGGAUGUUCUUAUCCCCUCAACCCCCUGUGUCUUGUCUCCACACUCGCAACUGUCCAAAAUGUCAUACUACUUCACUAUCCUCUCACCGACUGAUACCCCCAUUUUCAAUAUCGCCUUUGGAACCUCUAAAGGAGGGGGCGAUGGCAUUGCUCGCUUCCGCUUCCCGGACACGGCACAGUACAUGAACCAAUUUAUCAUCCACUCAAGCUUGGAUAUUGUCGAAGAGGCCCAAUGGACCAAUGGGGGAAUGUAUCUUAAGCACAUCGACACCUACCCACCAGCGACAGCAUACAUUUCCGCCUUCCUCACUCCAAGUGGUGCGCGCUUCCUCCUGCUUCACCAACCACCCCAGCUCCCCUCUUCGGGUACCUCAGGGAGCCUCGGUUCCUCAUCGCUCCUGGGAUCAUCUGCUUCAACAACCCGCGCCUCGUCAAGCUCUGUCGCAGCAAACCCGACCUCUCCACAAACCGAAGAAGCCAUACGCCAAUUCAUGAAUGAGAUUUACGAGAGCUAUGUCAAAACCGCCAUGAGCCCAUUUUAUAAGCAGGGGAUGGAGAUCAAGAGCCCUGUCUUCCGGACACGAGUCACUGCUGCUGGGAAGAAGUGGCUUUAG